AUGCAGCGAAGUGGAACUUCACAGAAUUCUUUAGAUUUAUUUACAGAGCAGUCUUGCAAUCUUAUUCGUGGUUUUGCUUCAACCCGCUUAGAUAUCGAUAACAAAUCUCCGAGACGACAAGACCUGGAAAAGCCCCAUAAGAGUGAAUUACUGACCGCUAUUGUGAGGUUGGUUCAAGAAUUCAGUCGACGUUAUCAGGAGCGGUUUGAUCCUAAGUCAUUGGCUGAGACUAUUCAUAUUAAUCCCGAGAAUUUUAGCAUAAAGGAGUUCGUUGAGUUUUAUGAGGGGGUUUUGACUAAUCUUUUCUCUGAUAUAAACUGGGGUCAUAUAGUCGGAAUGCUGGCGUUUUUUCAUCUGCUGAUUGACCAACUUGCUGCCCUUAAACUUGCUUCAGAAGUCGAUACGCUAACAUCGGUUACGUCUUCAUUCGUGAAUACUCACCUUAGAGAUUGGAUUACAACUCAUGGGGGUUGGGUAAGCACUCCAGCUUAA